AUGCGAAGAGCUUUAGAACGCGCUCUGGACCAUGCAGAGUGUGGCACUGAAAGCGCCCAACAGAGACCUCCUAAGAGGAAAGCCUCAUUCGCUGAGGAAAAAUCUCUGCAUGAAAAGCUGUAUGACAUGUAUGUUGAGGAGUUCGGGAAGGAGCCCGAAGGUACGGAGGAAUUAACGCGCAAUGUGAACUUGCUGGAGAAGCUUGUUCGGCGGGAGUCCUUGCCCCGUUUAGUGGUCAGCCUAUACCCAGGCGAGGAGUAUUCGCUCUUGCUGAAGGUAGAAACGGAAGUUUAUUCAGAGUUUGUUGUACUGCCCUAUGAGGACAGGGACUUUCUUGAAUACUUGGAUGCAGAGCAACUGUGUCCUGAUUUGGUAGAUGUCCUGGAAAGGUCUCGGGUUAACGUUUUUCAGAGCGGGUGUGUCAUCACAGAAGUGCGGGACUUUAGACAGUGCACUAACGCGGACCGCUGUCGUUACGAAAGGAGGCAUGUUCUCUUACGCCCCGCGAUGCAGACGUUAGCUUCCGAUACAGAGUCCAUAACCACCAAUAACCAGACACGGGCCCAGGAAGACAGACUUUCACUUGAGAGCCAGCCGAUCUUAGCUGCAGCUGAGCCCCUGUGUCCUGAUCCUUCUGUAUCAGUAGCCUGCAGUGAAAACAAGCUGGUCUGUAAUGAGCAAAAGAAGAACACUCCUGCCAUGGAAAGGAACUUACAGGAGGACUAUUCUGCAGCCUCCCUGCAUCCACAGCAGGAGCUGCCUUGCAGUCCACCCCCUCCUGAGCUAAGGGCAUGGGCUCCUGACCAACAAAGCCAAGAAAGCCAAGCAGAUCAGCAGGAUGACCACUCUGAGGCAGAUGAUUCUCUAUUUGGAUGUGAAGCUGGCGAUUCAUCCCAGACAACAAAGCCACCCAUCAUGCAGUCUCUGAAUGAUCCAUUUAUCUCUGGAGAAAGGUCACCUGAAAAAGUCAGAUGUGGGAGACGGACACCUCGCCCCUACUGCUACACAGAUGACCAUUCCUAUUGUUUAAGGCCUGGGUCAAAGACUCGUGCUAGGAAAGCCACCAGGGAGUCCAAGAAAUUGGUGAAGAGGGACAAAUGUGCAGUCAGGGUGGCAGAGCCCUCCAGUGUCUCCCCUAGUCUCAUCCAGCUUUCUCCAGGGAGAGCAGCAGAACAGCCUUCGGCCGUGACAGUUCAGUCUGCAGCACAGGACCAGGGAGGCCAACACGCACCGCCAGUCAUCCGCAUUCCCUGCAGCUCAGGAAACAGCUCCUUGGGUAAGCCUUUUACUUCACAGCAGGCAGGCCACAUUCGCAUUCCGCAGCUUCCAUCUCCUGCCCCUGCUUGGGAGCCACCAAGUCUUCCCCAGAAACCUGCUGUGCAGGUGAAGCGAGUCCGCACACUUCCUACAGCCACCGUGACUUCUGCCAGCACAUCACAAGCAACCCCGGUCAUCCAGGUCAAGGCCUCCUCUGAUGACUCCAAGGUCGUUCAACUGCUGGGCCCUGUCCGCGUCAUCCGGACUGUGGUGAGAGGAUGCAACCCCAUUCGGGGCUCUCCCUGUAGGGCCAGGGCUCCUUCAGGAGUGAAGCCCAGCAGCCUGCCCUCAGGAGGCCAGCCAAAGAAUGCAGGGCCGGCUGCACCUCAGGCUCCUGUAGGUGGUGUUCAGUAUGCGGUAGGAAACCUUUCAAGUCUCAGGCCGGUAAAGGUUCUCUGGGUCCCACAGGGGUCGGAUAUUUCGGCCAUCCUGCAGCAGGCCCAGCAGCAGCAGCAGGUGCUUUACCCAUUGAUUCCACAGCCGCUGCAGCAGCAGCCCCCCACUUCUCAUCUUCCGCAGCCCGUGGUGCAGGUUUCCAGUGUGCAGGGUUCCAGCCGGCCACAAAGAGGCCUGUCUGCUCCUCAAGCUGCUGUCACUAACCUCAAUGGAGUAGGAAGUGUUCUGCAGUCCCAGAGAGUUGAGUUGUCUCAGCCUGCACAAAGGCCUUCCCAGCUGCGGGUCCAGCUCCCAGCUGCCUUCCAGAAGCUGCCACAGUCCCAGUGGAGAAUCGUGCAUCUCCCACAGACUGUGGCAACAGCAUCAGUCCAACCAGCUCAGCCAGCUGGGGGCCGGCAGACAGCAGGCCAGCCCAAAGGCCCAGAGAAUGGAGGCCUGCCCAGCACUCCCAAAUGCUGA